UGUCUAUAUCAGACAGCAUCCCACCUCAUAGAUGACUAUGCCCCAUUUUGGUUCAAGUUCACUCUUCGUGUUAUUUUACUUAUUUUUAGGUGCUACGCUCUGUAUUAUGCUAUCAACAUAUUCUAAGUCGAAAAAUCAAGGUGUAUUUAGUACCUAUUUAAAUUACGCGAAUAGAUUUCCUUUGUGCUCCUAAUAAUCACGUGUAGUUUGGCUCGUUAUGAGGUCAAUAACUGCUGAAUUCCUCGAUACUGGGACAUUAUUAGCAAGUGAGAAAAGUGACUGUUAAUACAUAAAAUCUUUGAUGGCUUUUGACGUUUACCUAUGCAGAUUUACAAGGGAUACAUUCGAAGGACAUAGUUAAUAUACCUAUGCAUAUUUUGCAUAGUUUUGUAAAGGUGCAAUUCGCAUGUGCAACUGCAUAAUAAACCAGGCAUAGGGCGCAGGGCAAGAGCACUGGAAGGGGUAACGCGGGGUGUAGUGCGGGCGGGGCUCGUCCGGCAGUCAGCUGUGCGAGUGUCAUGUUGUCGCGAUGCGCCGCGCCGUGGGAAAUGGCCUAAACCGUGUCCUCAUUAAAUCCCCAAGAAAUUUGACGCUUUUUAUGUCCAUUGCUCAAAAUAUUUUGAACAAAAACAUCUGAACUGUAGUGAUUAGAGUAUUUAAUCAGCACGCCGUGGCGGUCAUGGCUACGCUCAUCCAGGAAAAUGGUAUUAAAGAGUUGAGCAAGGGCACCCAGGGGGUGGUGCCUAUCCAUGGCAUAUCCGCACACAGCGUCCCAAGUCACAUGGUACCCGACCAUGAGUACUGCGAAACGAGCACCACAGGGUCGGCAUCGCAACCCUGCCAGGACACCGCAGAGCCCACUUCAACGGCCGGCGCUCCCGAAGAUGAGGAAGAAACCCCGGAAAUAGAUAUCAUGAUAAACAAUGUCGUGUGUAGUUUUAGUGUUAAGUGCCACCUGAACUUGAGACAGAUAGCUUUGAAUGGUGUUAACGUGGAGUUUCGGCGCGAGAAUGGCAUGGUGACUAUGAAGUUGCGUCGGCCAUACACUACGGCGUCGAUCUGGUCCUCGGGCCGCGUCACGUGCACGGGGGCUACCAGCGAGGACCAAGCCAAGAUCGCUGCAAGGCGGUAUGCACGCGCGUUGCAGAAGUUAGGCUUUCAAGUCCGCUUCCAGAAUUUCCGCGUAGUCAAUGUACUAGGAACAUGUCGAAUGCCUUUUGGUAUUCGCAUAAUAGCCUUCUCCAAUAAAUAUAAAGAAGCAGACUAUGAACCAGAGUUACAUCCAGGUGUAACAUAUAAACUAUAUAAUCCUAAAGCCACACUAAAGAUAUUUUCAACUGGCGGCGUUACAAUAACAGCUCGCAGCGUGAGCGACGUGCAGUCCGCCGUGGAGCGCAUUUUCCCACUAGUGUACGAGUUCCGCAAAACGCGCACGGCGGCCGACGAGGAGCUCCUGCGGCAGAAGCGCGCCGCCCGGGCUCCGGCGCCGCCGCCCGCGCCCCGCGCGCCGCCCCGGGCGCCCGGCGCGGACCCCAUGCACCUGGUCACGCUCUCCGACGACGACAACGACUCCUGGGAGUGAACCCCCGCUUCCCCCCACCCCAGUGACUCUCUUGACGCGAAACGAACAUAGCAAUAACUAUCGGUUGCUUGUGCAAUCGCGCGUGUGUCAACGAGCUGUUCGGUUCAUGCCAAAGAUAUUUAUUAGGGAGGUGCUUCGCGCUCGUUUCGGUAUCUCGAUUCGCCGACGAAUCUGUUCUCGUGAUGCUCCUGUGACCUCUUAAGUAUGUAGGUGAUGUUUACGUGUAAACCAAAUUUGUCAUGAAACUACUACAUUGAGAAUAAAUCUCAAUAACGAUACUCAGUCUCGUUUUUCAUUUGCUGUUAUGAUUGAGGAAUUUGUAGUGAUAAUAGUGUUCAAUAAGAUUGUUCUAAGAGAUGACUGAAUGAUUAGUUAGAUGUUAGUAAUUGUAAAUAUGAAAAGCUUGGACAUUAUACGUUUCAAUAAAAACACUUUUGUUUUA